AUGCCUGCGCACUCAUCGCAACUUUUACAACCUCUUGAUGUGGGUUGUUUUGCUGUUUUAAAGCGCGCGUAUGGUCGACUUGUUGAAAUACGGAUGCGGAGAGGUUUUAACCAUGUCGAUAAGCUUGACUUCCUCGAUUCAUAUCCAGACGCUCGUUUUCAAGAAUUUAAACCAGAGAUUAUCAAAAGCAGCUUCACAGCAGCUGGUUUAGUCCCGCUUGAUCCAGAUCGAGUUAUUUCUAAGCUCAAUAUUCAGCUUCGAACUCCAACACUAGCAACAAGUCGAGGAAGCGAAUCGAGUCGAAAUUUCACCCCUAAAACCCCUCGAACACUCAAGCAACUCCAUCGACAAGCAUCUUCAAUUAAGAAGCUCUUAAAUCAACUUUCAAAGAGCCCACAAAGCCCAUCAAAUCGUGCUUUAAACCAGCUUAUUAAAGGUUGUGAAAUCACAAUGCAAAACGCGAAAAUUCUUGCACAAGAAAACCAUGAUUUACGUGCUGCCAACGAGAAGCAGAAGCAGAAAAGGACUCGAUCUAGACAGCAUGAAGGUUUAUAUAUAGCUGAGCUUGAACAAUUGACUCAAAUCGCUCCAAAACCUGAUUCUCAACUUCAAAAUAUCGAGUCAACCAGUCAAUCACAAGCUCAAGAAUCACGACCUCGAGCUCCACCAACCCUUCAGACAAUAAUCCGUGCAUUAGUACCAGCUCAUAACAUUCGUAUGGUGUUCCGAACUGCACAGCUGGCUUACAUGCGCAGCUCGCUUACCCACUACGUUAACGUAGACACCGUAAUUCACUAG